ACAGCCGAGGCGCUUUACGGCGACGGCGGCUGAGUGUGAACCUUGGCGGCGGUGGAGGCGGCCGCGGCGGCGGAGGCGGCGGCUGAGGAGGAAGAGGAGUGGCGGCAGUGGCGGCGGGGACCUGUACGGGGAUGGCGGAGGUACCGCCUGGGCCUAGCAGCCUCCUCCCACCACCAGCACCUCCGGCCUCGGCGGCGGCCGAGCCCCGAUGUCCCUUCCCGGCGGGGGCCGCCCUCGCCUGCUGCAGCGAGGACGAGGAGGACGACGAGGAGCACGAAGGCGGCGGCGGCGGCAGGAGCCCGGCGGGCGGCGAGGCGACGGCGGCGGCCAAGGGGCGUCCGUGCCUCCGCUGCCCUCAGCCGCCGCAGGAGCAGCAGCAGCUCAACGGAUUGAUCAGCCCCGAACUGCGGCACCUCCGGGCGGCCGCCUCUCUCAAGAGCAAGGUUUUGAGCGCGGCCGAGGCGGCCACGACCACGGCCACCCCCGACGGGGGGCCCAGAGCGACUGCAACAAAAGGAGCUGGGGUACACUCGGGCGAGAGCCCCCCUCACUGCCUCCCCAAUAAUGGAAGAACUGCGCUCCCCAUCCCGGCGGAGGCAGUGGCGGCGAGCGAUCCUGCGGCGGCCCGCAAUGGACUGGCGGAGGGCACCGAGCAGGAGGAGGAGGAAGAUGAGCAGGUGCGGCUGCUGUCUUCAUCCCUGACCGCCGGCUGCAGUUUAAGAAGCCCCUCAGGCCGGGAGGUUGAGCCUGGGGAGGAUCGGACGAUACGUUAUGUCCGAUAUGAAUCCGAGCUACAAAUGCCCGAUAUCAUGAGACUGAUCACCAAAGAUCUGUCUGAACCCUACUCCAUUUAUACCUAUAGAUAUUUUAUCCACAACUGGCCACAGCUGUGCUUCUUGGCCAUGGUAGGGGAGGAGUGUGUAGGUGCCAUCGUUUGCAAGUUGGAUAUGCACAAAAAGAUGUUCCGCAGAGGUUAUAUAGCCAUGUUAGCCGUGGAUUCCAAGUACAGGAGAAAUGGCAUUGGUACUAACUUGGUUAAGAAAGCUAUAUAUGCCAUGGUUGAAGGAGACUGUGAUGAGGUUGUUUUGGAAACAGAAAUAACGAAUAAGUCUGCUUUGAAACUUUAUGAAAAUCUUGGUUUUGUUCGAGAUAAGAGGCUGUUCAGAUACUAUUUAAAUGGAGUUGAUGCACUGCGACUUAAAUUGUGGCUGCGUUGAGAAACUGAUACCAAGGAACAACUUUCCAACCACGCAGAAUCGACCUUUGCAUGCAAUGCAAUUUGUACAGAAUUGCUUUGCAGGUGGAUUUAGUAAUUUCCAUGCAGCUCUUACCUGUCAGUGUCUCAUUGAGUGUCGCACAAUAUUUGUUGCACUUUGGCAUGGCGCAUUUGUUCUGAAUUAAAAGAGAUUGUUUUAAAGAGUUCUUUUGGUACCAGCAAGAUGUGCCAGUUGAUAGCCAAGAUUUGUUUGUUCAUUUGCAAAGUCUGCUGACAAUGUUAUUUACACAGUGAUCAUUUUGUCACAGAACCAGUAAGUGGAACAUGAUUUUUGUUCCUAAAAAAGCCAAUGUAGAUUGUAAAAAUCUCUAAGUAUACUAACAUUUCACAUGAAACCUGCCAUAGUUUUCUGAAGGGGGUGGGGGAAAAGCUUCAAUUUUAGGUUUUAUUUUUUCAAUAUUAAAUUUUCCAUUCUUGGAUAUUGGUACCUCAGUGAUUAGUGAAUGAAAAAAAAUGUUAUGUAGGGUUGGGUGUGUCUUACAAUGAGUAAAGAUAACAAUUAAAUUGCGUCUGCCAGUGCCUGUGUAGAUAAGUAUAUUUGUCUUCAUCUCUAGUUUUUGAAUGCAUGCUCUCUUUUCCUUUUCUUUCAGGCCUUUGCAAGCAAACUUGUUUUUAUUUAAAUUCUAAAUUUGAUAAUAAAUUAUUUCAGAUUUUUAUAAUUUGGAUACUUUUUUCCAGGUGAGUGACAGAGUGGUUUACUGUAAAGUCCCUUCUUUCCUUACAGUAAGAAGUUGAAUCUACUUGGAAAAUCUUUGAGAAAUGACUCAAAAGGGAUGAGAAAAGUUGAUGGAGCCGGGAAUUGCUGGGUUUUGGAUGCACUUUUUUUUUUUUUUUUUGAGAGUGAGGGAAUUUUUGGAAAAGAAUAGAAAAUUAAUGUAAAUCGGUAUGAUUUUAUUUAAUCAAAAUUAUUGCUAAGCUGUGAAGAACAGCUUUUACAAAGUAGCUGGAACUUUUUUCCCACUUGAUUUGGAUUCACAUUGCUUCCAUUUCUUAAAAUGUUUCACUUUUGGUUCUUGGUCUUGGAAAUAAAUUUGAAGGUUCAUUGUAUCCAUUUUAAACUGAUUUUAUUUUCUUUUCACUUAUUUAAGCAAAUUCUUGGGGAAGCUUUGCUUAGUUUCCAGAAAAACAAAAGGGAAAAUUGGAAUAUUUUUUUGGAGUGAGUUUUAUGGGUUUUCUUAAUAGUUAUCACCAUGUUCAGUUACAUUGUAUUUUGGUCAAUCUGUGCAGUGUAACAAAUUUAUAAAUUAAUUGCUUUCAACUGAGUCAGGAAACCUGUGAUGGAUAAUUUAACUGGAAAACCUAGGUACCCAUAAAAAAAAAAAAAAAAGAUUGAUUCUCUGUGAAAAAUGUUUUGUAGGAAUCUAUGUUGUUUUUUCUUUAAUUUGGAUAUGCUUUACUUCUGUUCUAGGAUUUGGUUUGAAUUUUAUUUUAUGGCUAUAAUUACUGUAUUUUUAAAAACCCUACCUCCAUUAACAGUUGGUAAAAGCCCCCUUUCAGGAAAGUUUGUUGCCUUUUUUUUUUUUUUUUUUUUAAAGGAAAGCUGCUCCUUGCUCAGUGCAGUGUCUUGAAAGUGAACAUGGUAACAAGUAUUUUAAAAAUAAAGAUACACAGAUUUGGUGAAAAUAAAAUCUUCCUGCUGGUGGGAUCAUUUAUAGUUCCUCAUUUUUAAAGUCAACUUUUUCUUUCAUUUUAUAUUGCUCUUGAAAGUUUAAUGGGUAGAGUACUGAUUGCGUUAAAAUAUAACGAUCGCUCAAUACUCAGCUUUCCAGCUGACUGUUUUGAGUAUGUCUUUGAUCAAAUGUCAUUUGGGCUCUAGCAUUUAGAGGAAUGCCAAUCAUAGUGAUGCCAUAUCUGUUGAUAUGGAGGGAACUGAACUAAAAGGGUUAUCAAAUUUUAUCUCACCACUUUAUAUUUGACUUGCUGAUUCAUUAGUAAUGAUUGCUGAUGAACAUACGUUUGCUUGACUCCCUAAUGGGGACAGUUCUAAAGUAGAUAGAUACAUGCUAGAUUUUCAUUUCAGCCAUUAUGUUUUGGUGGGUUGUCAAUGAAACCAUCUCUACUGACCUUUUCUCCCAGAAUUGACCAGGUUUCGCUGAACUGACUGGGUGUUUGUAAACGUGACCUUAACCAUGUGGCUAAAAAGUCAGAUGGUUGCCGUAUUGUUCAGCCUGGUGUAUGUUGAACAGAAAUGUCUACCUUAUGUCUUUAAUUGGGUCUACAAAAAUUGUUUACUUAAGUAGACUAAAAUUUUAAUGUCUAGCAUGAUAACCCAGCAUCAAAACUAAGUCUCCAUUCCAGUUGAAGCAGCAUCAAACAUUCAUUUACUUUUUGAUAUUGGGCUUUCAUCUUUCUUAUAUAAUCUUAAAACAAUCUCAUUAAAAUUGAUAGCGUGAGUUCACUUGGCUAAAACUGAGCAAGAUUGGUGCAACUUUCUUUUAACGGGGUGCUGCCUCUUAAAGACUGACUGUACUAUCCACUGACACUGGUUUGGCAGUUCGUACUGCUGAACAUUUUAUACAUGCUACCAUGAAGCUAUAUAUGUUAGUAUUGAAGAAGCUAACGGGUAUGCUACCAUUUUUUGAUGUGUGGACUGAUUGUAAUUUCCCUUACAUUAGGAUGAAACUAUUCUAGGGGAGUCCACAGAUCAGAAACCAGACAGUAGUUUUUGAAGUUGAAGCCAACAAAAUUAAAAAAGUAAAAUUAUUUAAAAAUUGGUUUUUUUACCCUCCCUACUUACUGAGUCAAUUACCCUCCCUACUUGCUUGACAAAUCUGUGUAAAGGAGUUUGUUUGUCACAUGUUUUAACUUUACCUUGCCCUGUGUUAUGGUAUUGGCUGACAUGUAUAAGACUGGAUGUGUAUAUUUAUUAUGGUGUCUAAAAAUCAUGAAGUUCAUCACUUUCCAGGAGCAUAGAUAAAAGCAAAUUGGUAGUGCAUCAGAGUUACUUUUCAGUGCACCAUGACAUCACUAAAAUGAGUGCUAUAAUGUUACAGGGCUUUCAGGUUUGUAAAAACAUAACCAUAAAUUAUAUUGACGUCAGAUAUGAGUUGAGUAUCUAUAAAAUAUCACGUGUAUUUCAAAAUAUUGGACUGCUGUUUGAUGACUGGAUAUUGCUGCAUAAUUUUCUUCUAUUGUCCCAUAUCCUUUUGGAGAGAGAGAUUUAAUGGGAUUUGAAAUGUGCAAGCUGUCUAAAUAAGAUGCAGUCAAAUAAAGUUGGUUAAGUUGUGUUUGCA